AUGGCAUCCCAUGCAAAGACAAGAGGUGGAUUUCUGAUGGAAUACAUCAAAGCCCCCAGAUCAAAGUACACAAUGGUAGGAGAAGCCAUACGUUAUGUUGUCCCUGGGCAUAUGCAGUGCUCGAUCGGCUGUGGAGGUCAAGCCUGCAAGUAUGACAAUCCAAGUUAUUGGAGUGAUGACCAACAGGCCAUUAGGGGCCUCUACUCAUCCUGGGUUACUGAUCACCUUCUUGCCAUGUCCAGACCUUCAACAGAAAUCAUUGAGAAGUAUAACAUUAUUGAUCAGUUCAGAAGGAAUGGUAUUAAAACAGUGAUCAACUUGCAGAUCCCUGGUGAACAUGCUAGCUGUGGCAAUCCACUGGAGCUACAGAGUGGGUUUUCAUACCUCCCUGAGGUCUUCAUGGAAAAUAAGAUUUAUUUCUAUAAUUUUGGUUGGAGUGACUAUGGCGUGGCCAGCCUCAGCACUGUGCUGGACAUGGUGAAGGUCAUGGCCUUUGCACUGCAAGAGGGAAAAAUAGCGAUCCACUGUCACGCUGGUCUCGGCAGAACAGGUGUUCUGAUAGCGUGUUUUUUGGCCUAUGCUACUAGAAUGACAGCCAACCAGGCUAUUUUAUAUGUACGUGCCAAACGCCCUAAUUCCAUCCAAACCCGAGGUCAGCUGCGUUGCGUCAGACAGUUUGUUCAAUUCCUUAACCCCUUAAGGAGUGUGUUUUCUUGUGCUGAGCCUCGAUCCAAUCCAGUUACUCUGUCCCAGUACCUGAACCGUCAGAGACAUAUGCUGCAUGGCUAUGAGAGGAAGGAGUUGAGGCACCUGCCAAAGAUUGUUAAGUUAGUGUCUAGGCUGCUGCUGGACAUUGUAGAGAAUCGACAGGUGAUUGAGGAAGAUAUUCUUGAGGCCCCUGAUAUUCAUGACAUUGAAAUGUGUCUCAGCAUUAUCGAGAAGAUGGAUAUUGAUAUAAAGGCACCCCGCUUACCAGGUUCACCCACUUUACCAAGACAUUUUAACGAGCCCCCCAUCUUCUACCAUCGUAAAAGUCUGAGCUACAGUGAGUCCGACUUGAGACGGUUGGGGUCAGAGCUGAACCUUCUCACGCAUCCCAACUCAACAGGCUCACUUUGGUGCGUUAAGAAUGAGGAAAACCAGAAAGAUGGACCCAUUCUACUGAAGAAAGUGAAGAGGAAAACAAUCCAACGUAGCGAGUCAGUAGGAAACAAUGAACCUACCAAAAAGGGUAGCAUAUUGUCCAGAUGGAAGGCUGAGCAGAGGGAAGAGCUGGGAAUGAAUGGGGUGAAAUCUCAAGGUAAAGAAGAGGAACAAUCAGAGGUGCCAUUUAUCACCCUGCAGUCAGAAUUGUCCCUGGAUUCCAGGAGAUUGCUUGUGGCACAAGCUCUGGCAGUGGACCUUUUUGUCGAUGGGCAUGAGGAACACAACAGCAAAGUUUUGACUUGGCAGGCAGAGCUAAAUCAAGGAGGUGCAUGGGAAAGGCUGUGCAUGGAGCGAGAUCCCUUCAUCCUCACUGGACUCAUGUGGGCGUGGCUAGAGCAGCUUAAAGAGCCAGUCAUCUCUAUUCAGGAUGCCAAAGCCCUGAACCCCGACAAGACGGAUGCUCAAACGAUCCUAAACACACUCGAUCAGGCCCCUAAAGAAACAUUAACAUGCAUAUUAGAUUGCAUGGCUCACAUGCUGAAAAUACCAGAGGAGAUUGAAAAUACAUUCCUGAAUCGUACUAUCAAGGCUUUCACCUGGGUGGAUAUUAAUUCAGAGGACAGCAGCAAAGUGUACGAGUCCAUGAUCAGAGUCUUAAGGUGUAUUCUUGAGGACAUGAGAUCUGCACUAGAACCACAUGAGACGCCCACGUCUCCCUUCCCUGUAACAUAAUAUAUAGCCACUAAUCUAUGUUUGGUGCAUUGACACUGUGGAAAGACAAGGAUGCUUUUGUGCCUUGUGUCAAAGUUGUGUAAUGUGUAAUAUAAACAUUUAUAUGUUAACCUGCCUCAGUAGAUUCCAAAUAACAUACUGAAAAACAGCUGACGAGAAUACUUUAUUCUUUAAGUAUGCUGGGCCGUAAGCCUGGUCACAUUCAACACAUACCUCAGCUCUAAAAGCGUAGCGCUCAAACACAAAUCUUACAUUUAUACAGACUUCUCACAACACAAUACUACUGAUGCCUUUCUCAUAAUUACCACAGGAAUCCUUAACUGUAUUACUUUCAUUUAUAUUAUAAGCAUAGUGCUACCAAAGAAAAUGCAUAUAACAAAAAAAGAAAUGUUGAUCCCUCUAGUGAGUGGUGCAAACUAAAUGCAGGCACUUUUGUGAGCUUGUGAUGCUCAGGCAUUGAAGGAAUAAGCUUUUAGGACAUCUUUUCCAUCAUUCCCUUCAACCGAUGCCACAAUGCUGGAGUAGUCACAGGCGACGUGAGUAAACCCUCUGGAACAGAGUA